CAACCAGAGCAGGGAUGCUGCGUGCGCCUGGCCGCGUCUCUGACGCUAUUGGCUGCUCUCCGGAGAGUCGGGCUUCGUUCUCGUAUUAAUGACUGCUGAGGAGACGGCGGCGCGUCUAUGUGGUCCGCCUGACACUUGAUCGAGGGGAGAGAUGCGCCCUUAGCAGCCGCUGCGAAGACGGGAAGGGAAGGGAAGGGCGCAGGGAACGCAUGACGCUCGUCCGCGCGCUCCGCAGCCUCGCUCCUGGACUUGUGCGUCUCGCUUCGUGCGCUCACACUGAAUCCGCGCGUCGGAGGCGACACAACAACUAAUUGCUCCUCAGCCGCGUGAAAAUAACAGCGCCACGCGCCGCCGACGGGUUUUGCGUGGCGCGCUGGGACUCUCUUGCCAUUUGAGCGCCGCACUUGAUGGGAAUAUAGACGGCGCGUAGCUUUCUGAGGACGGCGGUGUUGAAAUCGGGUAAGAAUGGACUGGGCUGAGGACUCUGGAAGCUAGUAACGACAAUCAGAACAUCCGCCUUUAAAGAGCAGAGUCUUCAUGGAUAUCUAUGAACGUGAUUAGUGAGCUAUAAUCUCAUCCAACAUUUUUUUCUUUUUCUUGGGUCUACCCUACUCUAGCCCCGGCCUCGAACUCUGACACCAACAGGCAACAUUGAUUGAUUGGUCAUUACAUCCAAGGGCAUCUACACAGCAAGACAAAGAAACCCUAAGGAGCACUGCUGCAGUUGGUGGUGGUGGUGGUGGCAGAGGCGGUGAGUCAGUCGCCUCAGCAGCUACAGCAAAUGAUUUAUUUUUUGUGACCCUAACAGCUCAGACCACUUAAUCUACAAGGACCAAUUUCUUACUGGAGGGAAUCGGUCCAAUAUGAAGGACGUGUCAUUCGUGGAUCGUCUCUUCGUCGGCUUGGCCAUGGCCUCUUUUGUUGUGGCCACUGAGGAGAGGCCUGAUUGCCCCAAGCUUUGUGUAUGUGAGAUUAGACCGUGGUUCUCUCCCAGUUCAGUCUACAUGGAAGCACAGACAGUUGACUGUAAUGAUUUGGGACUCUUUAGCCUGCCAGAAAAGUUACCAGUGGGCACACAAGUACUAUUACUUCAAACAAACAAUGUUGCCAAGAUUGACAAGGCUUUGGAUUACUUGCCCAAUAUCACAGAGAUUGAUUUAUCACAAAACAACUUAUCCUCUAUCAGUGAUGUCCAUCUGGGAAACCUUCCUCAGUUGCUGUCCCUUCAUCUGGAGGAAAAUUGGAUACAAGAGUUGCCGGAGCGAUGCAUGGAGGAGGCAGCUAGCCUUCAAGAGCUCUACCUGAAUCAUAACCUCAUCUCCCUCAUUUCCAUGAUGGCUUUCCAGGGUCUAAGCAACCUUGUGCGGCUCCACCUCAAUUCCAACAAGCUGAAGGUCAUUGAGAAGGACUGGUUUGAACCUAUGCCAAAUCUGGAGAUCCUGAUGAUCGGUGAAAACCCAGUUCUUACUAUCGAUGACCUGAACUUCAAACCUCUCAGUAACCUCCGCAGUCUAGUUCUCACCAGGAUGAACCUGACGCAGCUUCCCGAUGAUGCGCUGGCCGGUCUUGAUAAUUUAGAGAGCAUCUCGUUGUAUGAUAAUAUUUUCCCAGAGGUGCCUCAUUCCGCCCUAAAGAAUGCAAAAAACCUGAAGUUUUUGGAUCUAAACAAAAAUCCCAUUGCAAGGAUACAGAGAGGUGACUUUGUGGAUAUGCUCCACCUGAAAGAACUAGGGAUUAACAGCAUGCCGGAGCUAGUUUCCAUCGACAGCUUUGCCCUUAAUAACCUCCCAGAGCUCACCAAAAUUGAAGCCACCAACAACCCUAAACUCUCCUAUAUCCAUCCUAAUGCUUUCUACAAACUACCACGCCUGGAAACCCUUAUGCUAAAUGGCAAUGCGCUCAGUGCCCUCCACAGGAUUACCGUAGAGUCUCUCCCUAAUCUCAGAGAGGUUAGCAUGCAUAGCAACCCCAUCCGCUGUGACUGCGUAGUCCGCUGGAUGAACAUGAACAAGACUAACAUUCGCUUCAUGGAGCCCGAUUCCCUGUACUGUGUGGAGCCUCCGGAGUACGAGGGCCAGCAUGUGCGGCAGGUGCACUUCAGAGAAAUGAUGGAGAUUUGCCUGCCGCUCAUCUCUCCUGAAAGCAUGCCUGGGCAUAUUAAGGCACAGAACGGGAGCACAGUGUCGCUUCAUUGUCGGGCCUUUGCUGAACCAGAGCCAGACAUCUAUUGGAUCACCCCAUCUGGUACCAGGGUCCUGCCUAACACCAUGUCUGACAAGUUCUACAUGCACCCAGAGGGAACAUUUGACAUCUAUGACAUAACAGAAAAUGAAGCUGGUCUGUACACUUGCGUUGCCCAUAAUCUGGUGGGAGCUGAUCUCAAAUCUGUUUCAGUAGAAGUGAAUGGGUAUUUUCCCCAACCUUCAAAUGGGUCUCUAGUUGUUGUAGUGCAGUCAGUGGGGACAAACUCAAUCUUGGUCUCCUGGAAGGCUGGCCCUGGCACACUGGUUCCUAACAUUAAAUUGUACACCUUGUCAGACGCCAGUCAUCCCACUAUGGCAUUUACCACAAGGGUUCCCUCUGAUGUCCAAGUCUACAAUCUCACCAAUCUCAGCCCCGCCACUCAGUACAAAGUUUGCGUGGACGUCCGAACCAUCCACCACAACCACGACUACAGAUGUUUAAAUGUCACAACCAAUGGAUUGGAGCUGGCAACUACGGACACAGAAAAAUGGGACGGAGCAGUAAUCACUGUCUUUGGUGUACUCAUGGCUGUCACUUCAGUAGCCUGUCUGCUUGUUUAUGUAUCUCUGAGGAGUCACCACCUUUAUGGGAAUAUAAGGAAAUGCGAGUCCAAAGCUUCGCUGACACCACUGGAAGCUACUAAUCUUCACUCUCCAUUCUUCACAAAGCUGUGGGUUUCCGGUAAGGGACAGCCAAGUGGGGUGGAAGUUAAAGCCACAGUCAUAAAUGUAUCUGACAAUGCCUUUUAAGAAGCGCAGCAUUGCAGAGCACCACACACCACUACACUGGAUGGACAAGGCCAUGGGCACGAGUGGACAGACCUCCAGAACUGUUUAAAGGCAAACCCACUGUCCCCAGCUCAGACACACUGGCAAAACUAUUACUGGACUGGGAUGGAACUGUUUAAUAUAAACUACCCACUCUCCCAGAUUCUACCAUAGCUGAAGUGGUGGCUUUGUAACCAUUUAAUCAAACCAAGCUCACAUCAGCAGGAAGGGGCAUCUGCUGCAGUACACACAGAAGUGCAGGCAGGGAAUAGGAAGCGGAGACGAUGGCGAUGGCGAUGACGAUGACCAACUCUCUUGUAAUUGACUGUUAAUGUGUUCAGAGUUGUGGAACUGUCUGUGUGGUCCCAAGCAAUACCGUCUGUGCUUCGUCAAACAUCCAUAGACGAGUUAGAGAUAGUGUAAUAACACCUGUCUAUAAUGGAAAGGGAUUUAGUAGAGUAGACAAACAGCAGUGACUAUGGUGUAAGCCUUUUGAUGAAAUAUACCCCCUUUUUCUAUUUAAAGAUGGAUUCUUGGUUUUUCAUGGAAAUAUUGUUACAUAUUCUAUUAAGUUGAUGUAAUGACAAAUCCUCUGUAUCUGCACAGUUUUAAUGGGUUUUAAAUUAAGGCAAGGAGCAGACUACUUUUGAUUACAACGUCACAUUAAGCUUAAUGAAACUCAGCUACCAAAUGAGUAUCUAGAGAGGACAUUUGCCAAAUGGCUGUUUAUGCUGUGUAGUUCUCAUUGCAUCGGUGACUGGGAAACAAAGCGGACACAUUGGACAAAUACAGAUGUAACAGGUUGAGGAUACUGAGGCGUUGUCGCAGUCUGUUAUGCUCUGGUAAGUGCCUACAACAAGAACUACACAAGGUAAACAGAGGAAACGGAGGGAGCAGCUCAGCCGCAGCAUAACAUGGCCAUGUCAUUAUUGCAGAAUCACAAGCUAUUCUCCAGUACUUUUAGUGCAAAUACUUUCUCAGUAUUUUUAGCAUACAUAUUUUAAAGAAACAUUUUGUUGUUGCUUUGGGUGUAAAGUUCAAAAGCCAUUUUUAUAUUGACUGUAUUAUAUGUGAUCAAUGGGCACAACAGACUAAUUAAGAAAAGUGCUAAGAAAAAAAUAAAUGUCAUUGUCAUCUUUUACAAACAA